CCCCCGGCCACUACCUUUAACUAACCUAUGUUCAGCAAGAGAUUUACCAAUAUCUCAAAGAGUUUCUGCAAUAUCGCGGAGGCUGAGUGAGGACAUUGUUCCUCGAUUGCUGCGUGUCAUACACCAUUCUAUGAGCAUGACUACCUCACGCUUAACCUUCGAUCCCGAUGGAGAUCUGCUCCUACGACUCACAUAUACAGUGGCUAAAGAGAAAGAGAGGGAAGAUAAUGCGACCGGCGACUCUCCCGUGCCUUCCAACAUAAGUUCCCCACUGGGCUUGUUCACAAAUCUGAAACUUGCGCCCAUUAGAGAUGGUCACUCCAUGGAUGAGGACGAGGAAGAAGAGGUCACAUGGGAAGUAGAAAUGCUGGUGUCUGCGAAGCAUUUAAUGCUAGCUUCGCCUGUAUUCAGAGCCAUGUUUAAGCAUAGUUUCCUCGAGGGAGAAACCCUGCGCUCUACUGGCAAAGUCGAGGUAUCUCUACCCGAUGAUGACACCACUGCCAUGGAGAUCGUUCUGAACAUCAUCCAUGGCCGCGUUAGGCAAGUUCCCAAGGAAGUCACCAUGGAUGUUAUGACCGCUCUGUCGAUACUUGUUGAUAAGUAUCAAAUGCACGAAGUGGUUGAGUUGUACGUCGAGAUAUGGAUGGUUCGACUCAAGGCUUCAGUUCCUAAAUUCUUCUCGCCAGAAUUGUACAAGUGGUUGAGCGUGGCUUGGGUCUUUAAACUACCCCAAGAGUUCAAGCAUUUGACAUGGAUCGCAGUCAGAGAAUCUUGUGGUAGCAAUUCGAUCAUGCAGUUACCUCCAGACCCAAGUCUUCCUAUACCAGAAGUUGUUUUAGGUGAGAUCGAAGAACAGAGACGGAAGUCAAUAUCUGACACUUUGUCAAUCAUCACAAUACUCAAAGACAAAUUGACAGCUCCCAGCCCUGGUACCAUCUGGGCUCGACCGGAAGCUGCUCGUGUCUGUACAUCAACAUUCGGAAGCAUCGACAUCGACAACAAGCGAUAUUCUUGCGAAGGUAUGAUACUCGGCACGCUUCUCAAAGGUCUUUCUGAUCAAAGACUGUGGCCGCCUCCCUCAAACCCGUACCGAGCGUUCUCAUUCAAAUCCAUUGCCUUAGCAGUCCGGUCUCUCAAAAUCACGUCGCUAUGUGACACAAUCCAAAAUGCACCUGCUUUUAAGACACCUGCUGGCUUUACAUUCGGCUCUUCUGUCAGCAGUAUGCAGCAUCAAGCUCAUGGGCAACUGAAGUGGGUGCAUGAUCAAGUCGAUCAGAUAGAGUCACGUAUCAUGGGGCUAGAUCUUGAGAUCUUUACUGGGAAAGGGCAAUCAGCACUGGCCCAAUCAACGGAGGCGGAGUCUUGAGUUUUCGGUCUAGUCCUGCUUAAGCUUACGGCAAAGGAGUACCAUUAUCCACUGAGACGUUUUGAUGCGUGAGGCGAAGUUCCGAGCAAGUGUUUUGAGAAUUACAAGCCUUAGCCAAGAAUGGACUUGCGUACACAUCCGAUGGUGAUAUAAGCUGGGAAGGCCAAAGUCCUGGACGCGGUCUUGUAAUCUAGCUCAU